CAAAGGAAUUAUACUUGAUUUGCUGAGUGAUGGCAAGGGCGGCGGGCUUUUUGGGGGGCGGAUGGGAACUUUUUUCUCCAAAUUAUUUUCUUCAUGAACAAUCUCUCUUUGUCAUCGGAACCCAUAACCCAAUUCCACAGAGAAAAUAAAGCACAGGAAACCCCAACAAUCAGCACGAAAAAAACAUGGGAAAAAAAGGAAAACGUUGUAUUCUUCACAAUCAAUUUCUCUUUUUUUCUCCUCGUGAGGGUGAUAGCGGAUGGACUGAUGCGAUGUUGUAAUGUGGCUCUUUUUGCGUUUUUGUUCUGCUUUCAAGGUACAACCAGAUUGGGAUUUGGGGACAGGAAUUUGGGGAGGAAAUGCUUUCUCUUUUUUCUUUUAUAUCUGACCCGCGAUGGCCCUUUACUACUGCUCAAGGACGCUAUUUCCCGGCUUAUUACGGAGCAAAAAAAAAGUGAGUCGGCGACAAGGAAUUGGGGGACGUGGGAGAGGAUGGGCAAGUGAUGAUCAUACCCUUUCUCUGAGCAAAAGAGGUGUCUAGCAUUGCACAAAUACUAGGAGUAGACGGAAAUGAUAAAUGCUUUGAACAAUUAAUGAUGAUAAUAAUAUGUGAUUUCUUGGAGUCUGUUUUCUUGUUUUG